AUGAGGGCCACGGCCUGCUACAGCACAUGUCGGUCAUGUCAGGACCUCACUCUGCACUUCACCGAGACUUGGACAUUGGCCACUUCAGUUGCUGGGUCCAGCAACUCUAGAUCUUAUGGACCAAUCCAUGUGGGCGCCAAAAAAUAUGGGUACCAAUGGACACACGAUUUUAUCUUUAAAAGACUUUUGAACGUUUUUUCGAAAAAUCCAAUUUGUCCAAUUUUGGUCAAUCAUUUGAGCCAAGCCCAUGUCAUCCGACAAGUCUUUGCUAAAAGCCUCAACCUUCAAACCGGAGAAAUCUCUGCACCGCCUGUCCGCAAAGAGCUGAAGCUCUGCCAUUUGGAAGCUCCAAAAUAG